ACAUGUACUUUCACAAGAAAAUACACACAACAACAAAAAUAGACAACUCUAGAAUAUUCAUAUCGAGCUAGAAAGACUUUAUAAUGUCAUCGCAACUUUUGACGCUCCUCUUCAUCCUAUCUGCGGCUGUGAUCUACCACAUCCCCGUAGUGACUUGCGAACCAUGGUGCGUGGCGUUGCCUGCUUCCACACCGGAGCAGUUACAGGACAACAUUAACUUCGCUUGCAGCCGUAUCGAUUGUUCACCGAUCCAAAUUGGUGGAUAUUGCUAUUACCCUAAUACUUUACUAGAUCAUGCGUCCUAUGUCAUGGACAUUUACUACCAGAGCCAUGCUCGCACUUAUAAUGCUUGUAGCUUCAACAAUACCGGUUACCUUAUUUAUUCCGACCCAAGUAUCGGCACAUGUCAACAUUAAAGUUUAAUUAAAAAAUGAUAUUUUCAUAAAACUUAUAUAUAAAUCUCGUUUGUGAUAUUUUGUUCUAAUAAUAUAUAUAUGUAAUGGACGCUAAUAACUAAAAACUUCUGAAGUUUCAAUGUUUUUAGUGAUGACAUCUUUUUUG